GCGUUGUCGCGGAUUGCUGGCCUAAGUCCAGGAAUUCGAAAUUCACUUUUACCCUGGAUACGCCCUAAAUUCGAGUUGGCUAAUCUAGUCAAGAAGUUGAGUUGCAGUGGGCUAUUGUUGUUUUACAUAGGCAUUCUCUCGAGAUAACCGGAUCGAGUGCAGGAAAAUGGCUAACCUGAUUGACAAUGAAGUGUUACAAGCUUUCGCCACCUAUGCUACAAUUGUUGUCCUGAAGAUGCUGAUGAUGGCCCCAAUGACGGCAUAUUUUCGCAUCACUAGAAAGGCCUUUGCCAACCCAGAGGAUGCAGGUGUCCAUGGCAAGACCCCUGAGGACAAGAAGAAGAUGAUAAAAACUGACCCUGAUGUGGAGAGAGUUCGCAGAUGCCAUCAGAAUGACCUGGAGAACAUCGUUCCAUUUGUUUUAAUUGGACUUCUCUACGCUCUGACUGGACCAGAUCUCUCCACUGCACUUCUGCACUUCCGGGCCUUUGUAGGGUCUCGGUUCAUCCAUACCGUGGCAUAUGUAUUCAUUUUCCCCCAGCCAAGCAGAGGGCUCUCCUGGACUGUUGGCAUGGUAGCCACAUUGUCCAUGGCCUACAGGAUUCUCAACACUGUGCUGUUGCUCUAAGCAGACUAUAGGCUAUCCGCUGCUUGUAUCAUUCUGAUUUCUUGUUGUUGAUUUGUUAUUCACAACUAGGCCACUAUUUCCACCUCUUUCCAUUAAUAUGAAAAGGCCUGUGCUUGUAGUCUUUUCCACAUCUGCACUGAACAAAUAAUAUAGCCUGUUUAUGUCACUUUUUGUAUCAAGGAUUGACAUUGUUGUGAAAUACAUUUUCAGGAAAUGUUGUCCAAUUCAAAAUAUUUUAUGUCUGCUUGUUGAGUGUUACCCCUGAUGAUGUGAUCUGUCAUUGUGACUCAGCAGAUUGGGCCUGAUAGUGGCUCAUCUGUGACUUGCCUAUGUGAACUUAUCUGUGACAUUAAAUUGGGACUGUGUCACUGCCACUGAUACUCAUGCACAUUUUGUGUAUCCAAUGCAUGUCCAUAUUUCUCAAAUAAAAUUGUCUAUCUUGA